AUGCCGUAUUCUCUGAUCCAAAAGCCCACUGUACGUCCUGACUGGAAUAGGUCAAAGAAACAAAGUAUAAAACAUAUGUUAAAGGUUCCUUACUUGGCACGACUUGUGUUUGGGUGCAGACAUUCUUCUGCAGAAUCAUAUAUCAUAUCAGCUUUGAUAAUCAUAGCCAUUGUUAUCGCUCUUCGUAUAAUCUGUUACACAGUUUAUCGAUUGUUGAAGGGCGAUGAUUCGGGUAGCAACAGGAGUUCCAACGAUGGGAUGGAGAUGCAGCCCCAAGAUCAAGGGCAGUUGCAUCGGAGUUGUGUGAGGAUGACAUUGCCGGACUGCAAUGUUGUGAUAUUAGCAGGAGAAGAUCAUGCUUCUUUCAUGGCUGAACCAAGGCCCUUUAGGCCAAUUGACCCAGAGCCAGACUAG